CUACGUCUGAUUUUAAUUACUGCCCCCUGGCUCUGCACUAAGUACAUCUCUGAGACUUCCAUACCCCGCACAGCAACACAGCCAUCCUCGACUAACCAAGGCGGUAUAGUAAUACAAACAAUGAAUACAUUUGUGAAAUAUCUGCUUAUAUUUCUCGGUAUUUUCUCUGUAGUACUUAAUAUUGUCUUGAUAUGUUUGAAGUCGAAGACGACGCCAGUAUGUUCCUCUCAGCUACAUAACGCACUGAAACGCAAACACGAUAACAGCAGCCUGGUGUUUGCCGAUCUGACCGCCGAGGAAUACCUACAGGUUCGAAAUUACAUGUGGAAGCAGCCUGACCUGGAUAUUUCCCACGACGCGUUUGCAAAGCCAUAUGAAAACUUUAUCUUCAUGAUCGAUCUGCAGCUACCAAAGAAGGCUGAUGUGUUGCGCUUCUUAGAUGAAGGCGCAGCGAGACCUGAGAGGACCGCCAGAGUGGUGGUUUUCCAUGGGUCCUCGUCGCAGAUUAAGGAGUAUGUGGUGGGACCGCUCCCGAAUCCAACCCAGCAUGAGGAUAUCACUCAAAAGAAAUACAAAGCAGAACUGCCUAUCAACUCCCGGACUGUCACAAUUGGGGAAUAUAAGCUACUUUUCGCAUUCCUGUACCGAGAAAUAUUUACGAAGCUAAGUCAAAUUCUUAAAGAAAGCUUCGGUGUCCAGAAGGACCAGACUUUAAACCCAUUCGAGGGAAUGCCCAGGGGUGUCCAGACUGGAGACAGACAAACAUGGAUUUCAUUCUUUCGGGAUAUGAGUGGCAUGUACAUUCACCCUGUAGGAUUUGAGGUUUUGGUGAAUCACAGCAGUACAAAUGCUUCUGAAUGGAUGGUACAGAAGUUGUUGUACAACGGGCAAUACUUUGAGAGCGCAGAGGAACUAAUAGAAAAAUACAAUGCUGGCAAUAUCACUAAGAUAAUUUAUAAAAAGAUAACAAAUUAUGCAUCGUUGAAGCCCAAAGUAAAACCAACUGGUUUAGGUCCUCAACAAAUUUAUCUUCAAGGUAAACGCUUCAGCGUUCAGAAUAACCAGGUGUUGUACUUAGACUGGAGUUUUGCGUUCGGUCUCAGUUCUUCAACGGGCAUGCGAGUUUUUGACAUUCGCUUUAAAGGGGAGAGAAUUGUGUACGAGUUAAGUGUUCAAGAGGCCAUGUCUGUAUAUGGAUCUAACACACCGGGAAUGAUACUUACAAAGUUCCUGGACGCCAGCAUUGGGAUUGGGCGAUUUGCUCACGAGCUAACGCGUGGUGUCGACUGCCCGUACACUGCGGUUUAUGUGGACACUGUCCGUUACAUUGACAUAAAUGAAACAAAGACGUUUAGGAAUUCCAUCUGCGUUUUCGAGCAUGACGAGGGCCGUCCACUCAGAAGGCACUUUUCAGACUUUUUCAGUAAUAGCUACGGAGGCGUGGUAAACAGCGUCUUGGUCUUCAGAACUAUAACGGCAAUAGGAAAUUAUGACUACAUAUGGGACUUUAUCUUCUACCAGAGUGGCUCUGUGGAGGCCAAAGUGCAUGCCACAGGCUACAUAUCCUCAUCCUACAAAAUUAGUGGAAGUCUGAAAUAUGGCCACCAGGUGGCAGAAAAUACUAUUGGAAACAUUCACACUCACUUCCUCAACUUCAAGGUUGACUUGGAUGUUUUGGGUGUAAAAAACGUGUUCCAGGCCAAAGACAUGGCGUUUGAGGAAGUGGAAUUGCCAUGGAUGCCUGAGAGAAGGGCGAAAGUGCCGCACCUGGUGGAAAAGCAGUUUAGUACAGAACUGGAGGCGUGCAUGCUCUACAGCGAAAAGACUCCCCGCUACCUUCACAUCGCGAGCAACCAAACCAACCGCUGGGGCCACCAGCGCUCCUACAGGCUCCAGGUGGUCAGCUUCACCGGGGAACAUCUGCCUAUGGAUGCUCCUGAGGAGAAGUCCAUGUCCUGGGCACGGUAUAAAGUGGCCAUCACAAAGCACAAAGACGAGGAAUCGUCUAGCACCAGCCUACACAGCCAGAAUAAUAUGUGGACCCCGGCUGUGGACUUCAGCAGAUUCCUAGCGGACAACGAGAGCAUAGUGAAUGAGGAUCUGGUUGCCUGGGUAACCACCGGGUUCCUCCACAUCCCCCACGCAGAGGACAUCCCCAACACGGUGACCGUCGGCAACGGGGGAGGGGUCAUCCUGAGGCCGCACAACUACUUCGACAUGGACCCGUCGGUGGGGUCGCCAGACGCGGUUUACAUUCACCCCGAUUCCCCUGAGCAGUGCGAGAACAACAAAAUGGCCUGCCUGGCCCAAGAGACCUGCAGCCAGACCCUCCCGCCCUUUACCUACCACGGUUUCGAAGGGGUCAUGGAAUUUGAGUGAACUUCAUUCCUCUGACCGCCAGCUCCCAACAUCCAGGAACAAAGAGAUCUUCAGAAUCAGGGAUACCAUGACCAACUUUACAGAAGUCCAUGUUGAGGAACAGGACUAUAAAAAUCUUAAUCACUACUGUAAAUUGUGGCUGUGCCUGAAACUGUAAAUUAAGUUAGUAUAUAAUGUGGUAAGCUGGUGUACAUUCAUGUUCAUAUUCAAAAUAUUUUUGGACUAUGAAUGUUCGGGGCAGACAUUAGACCCAUAUUCUUUAUUUUAUUUUGAGCGUAUUUUAUGUUCAGUGUGCUACAGUGUGUUUAGAGAAAUUACAAUUCACAGUUUAUUAAGUUUUGCUAUUUACCAUGCAUAAUUUUUUUGCACUAGGCCAGUCUUUUCUGUCAACGAUAACAUGAGCAUGAUCUCGUACCAUAAGGCACUGGAACAGCUGAACUGAUCUAGGUCUUUUUUACAACAUGACAAAUACUUUCAUGUGAACCUUUUGUAGAUUUUCAAGGUUGAAUAAAUUUCAGCCAUAUGUUAAAAAAUCCGUAAGAUGCCUAGUUUUAGUUCUGUGUUCUUCACAUGACAUGUGGAUUGUAUUAAAGCUCCAAUAUUUUUUCACGA